GACCAUUCGACUGGCUCUCUCACCACCACUUCCUCUUUGAUGUUUCAAUUUAUAUCCUCAUUCUUUUGACACGGGUUGAUGAGUCGGCAACAUCUGCACAACCACCCACUGUCCACGAACAAAGACUCCUACCGCUUGCGAACACUCAUUAUAAACCUCAAAGAGUCACGUGGAGUGGGAGCAUUGAACUUCACGCCGUGUCCAAAGGCAUUCUACUGAUUCGCAUUCACACAUUCAAUCAUGCCCUUCCCACUUGAACUUCCCACAACAUCUUCGUUUUCUUUCUCGUCAUAUUUCACAAGCGACUCACACCCCUCACUGCCUUUAACCGCAAGCACGUACAGAGGGGUUCUUCGUGAUGUGCUGAAGAGGCACAAACGACUUACUCCUUCACAGCAAUCUUCAAAUCUUGCAUCUAUUCUCCAAGCACUCAACAACUACAUCCCUUAUCUCUUAGCCAUCGACUCUGGUAUAUCCUCUCAAUUUGAUCCCGGAGCAGAACACAUAGAUAUCAUCCUCACUUCGACACCAACUCUAGAAUGGCGUCCAACCCUUUCAGAUCCCCCAAUACCCGGAAGAGAAAUUCCAAGGUUGAAGAUACAGAGUUUGGAAUAUGAAAUUUAUUUCGUUCUUUCAACACUAGCCUAUACCCAUGUUCUUCUUUCACGAUCCUCAUUACAUCCACUCUAUUCAUCUGCGACAGCGUCACCAUCACCUGAUCAAAGAACUUCAUGUAUCAAAGCUGCUACAGAGCAAUUGCUAGCAGCUGGUUCGAUUCAUAACUAUCUGUUCUCCCGAUCAACGAGUCUUACUUCUCCACCCCCUUGUCCUGAUAUCUCAAACCCAGUUUUCCGUGCCCUUAGUAGCUUAGCCUUGGCCGAAAGUACAUUACUGGCGGUUCUAAAAGAUGAUCCAUACCCAGCAGCAGUGCAACAAGAUCGUAACAAAAAUGAUAAAGAAUGGAUGAUCAAAGCUCCUGAGAUGCCCAAAGUUCGCGCUCAUCUUUUUGCAAGAUUAUGUCUUGCUGCCGCUGACCAUGCGGGUAAUGCUGUCGCCAUGCUAGGUGGAAUGGGCAAUGGAGGAAAGGGAAAGGUCGAUGCUGAGUUGUUAAAAUACGUGGAGGACUUGCGAAGAGUGGGAAGAGGAAAAGCUUGCAGAUUCUUUGGGGUGGAUGCGGAGUUAGGAGGGAAGACAGGUGAUGGUAUUGGAUGGUUGAGAGCUGGCUUGAGUGAGCUGGGUAUGCUAGUGGGAGAUGAUGGAAAGAAAUCCUCUGGAAUGGGAUUCGGGAGAUUAAAGAAAGAAUGGACAGAAAAGAGAGAGGAUCGUAGAGUUGAAAAGGGGAAGGAUUGGGGAAGUGAUGCAGGGAAAGCGGAGGAGGGCAGAGUUCUGGAAAUGCUGGAGAAGAAAUGGGUGAAGAUGAACGACACUAUCGGUACACAGCUCAUACCCUCUAUUGGAACACUCAUCUCAGCUCUACCAUCCGGACGGGAAAUGCAUACACUAAAAUCUUACAGCCCUCCAAGUCUUGACAGUCAAGUCCUUGAAAGUAUGAGAGCGCCUCCAGAUCGAGCGGAUACGUACGAAGAGGACAAUAGUUCCGAUGAGGAGAACAACGGAACACCAGUUGGUGCAUUCCCGGGCACAAAGGGGGAUUAUGCUGGAAGUGCAAAUUAUUUCUAGAUCAUACAUCUCUGUCUCGCGCCCGAGAAACCAAGACAUGUUCUAGACCUGGAUCGCCACGGGUGUAACACAAGCUCCACUAGAACUAUUCACCCCCAAUCAAUCCGCAUCACCACACCGCCUGUUCACUACCCUAGCAGGACAAGUUCAUCCCAUCACUCGGUGCAACAAUGAGAUGUGCAACAAAUCAACUUUACAUUCAUUCAUAUCUUUCUAGUGGUGAGAUAAAAUGAUCAUGGGUACGUUACCGUCUUACAUUUGCGCCACGUAUCCAUUUACACGUGAUAUGUGGAUGAGUUUUAUAGACACAAGUGAUGUGGCUUGCAUUGAAUGGUAAGUGGAUUCACAUAGUUUGUGAUUAAUUACCAGAACGACGGGUCUGAUAGUAAGCACGGCCUUACUGCUAUAUUGGGGCAAUGUGGGGAAGAUGAUAGA